CAAAGCACCACAGUAUGUGAUGAUAUCCACAAUUCAAGUGGAAUUAACCACCCGAGUAAUCCGGAAGAGUUUGGUGACUUUAGUGAACAAGACAAUAAUUUCAGUCACAAUAUUUGUAUGGACAUUGAAUUUGACCAUAUUUCGAGUGCUGAAAUUAUGAGCUUAAAUUCUCAGGUUGAUGAAGAGAUUCAUAAUAUGCAUGUUCUCAACCAUUCUGAACCCACACACAUUGCAUUGAAUAGCAUCUAUGGAAGCAAGAAGGAACUUGAUUUUCACUUAAAGAUGUAUGCGAUUACCAACUUCUUUCAGUAUAGAACGAAGACAUCUUGCCCGAAGGUUUUGCAUGUUGUGUGUGUUGACCCUGACUGCAAGUGGGCUGUGCGUGGUGUGUGCAUUGACGGAGUGUCAUUGUUUCAAGUGAAAAGAUUUGACUCUGAGCACACAUGCCCCAUUGAUGUACGUCAACGAAAUAGCCGUCAGGCUACGUCCAGGAUUAUUGCCGAACUUAUCAAACAUGAGUACGGUGAUGCAUCCAAUAAGCCAUACCCUCCAAAAUCAAUUAUGCUUGAUAUGCAGACCAAAUACGGCAUUUACAUGUCAUACAAAAAAGCAUGGAUUGCCAAAGAAUUGGCAAUGGAACUGGCUAUGGGAUCCGAAAAGGAUUCAUAUGCACGCUUACCUUCAAUGUGCCAUGUGCUUGAAAGGAGUAACCCAGGUUCUAUAGUUUCUUAUUCGUGCAAGGAAAAUGGUGAAUUUCAUAAUUUUUUCAUGUGCCUUUCUGCAUGGAGGGAAGGUUGGAUUAAUUGCAUUCCGG